GAUCAAACGAGCAGGACUUUCGAUGUUGUUUCAUCCUGAAACGAAUUCGUCUAGACAUCAUCCCAAGACGAUAAAUUCUUCUAAAAACAAAUUGAAAGAAGAUCUUGGACGAAACCAAUCUGCGAUUGAGUUGAGAAGAAGAACUGAAGGCAUGAGUGGUUCAUCAUCGAUCAUGACGGCAGCAAUGAGACCGAGUUCGUUGAUCAAAUCUAAGUCGACUGUAGCUGUGCCGAUCUUAGUUUCGAAUCAUUCACAAGAUCCGAUCUUACAAUCUGGUAGUCAUCCUAGUGAACCACCUAACCAAGGGAUUCAUAGAUCGGUCAUGACGAAUUUGAAGGCUGUUUCACAUAUUUCACCGAUCAGAAGAAAACCACCGAUAGAUGUUGAAUAUUCAUCAGAUGAAGAUGAUGAAGAAGAAGAUCAACUGAGCAAGGAAGAAACAGAAGAAGAUGAUGAUGAUGAGAUGAUGAUUUCAACAAGAGAAGUGGCGGCAAUUCCUUUAUCGCCUAGAACUACUCGUAGGAAUAUGUUGGCUAAUGAGAUGACUGAAUCGGUUAGAAGAAACUUGUUGUGGGAAAGACAGUUGAGGAAUAACUUGAUGGGUACAGGACCGAUUGGAGGAAGAAUGAAUGAUCCGUCUGGGUCUAAUUUGAUGAUGAAUGGGAAUGUGAAUAAUGUGAAUAUGAAACUCAAAGAGAAAGAGAAGGAGAAGGAGAAGCAGAAUGGUUUGGUUGGUGGUGGGUUGAAACCUAAAGUUGAUGGGAAUCAAGGAACUGGUGCUGGUGCUGGAGUUGGAAAGGGAAAUGGAGGAGUUGAGAAAGAAGUGAUUAAACCGUUUAAUACAAAAGGAUUAUAUAGACCGGUUUGGUAAACUUGAUGGGUUUUUUGAAUGUUUUAGUUUUUUUUCAGUGGGGUUAAGUUUAAGAAUUUGGAGAGAAAGACUGAAACAUGAUGAGCGAUGAGUGAUCGGCUGGUAGUUAAUGGUCGUAGAUUGGAAUACGAUUUCUUUUAAGGGUUUCCUAUGAUUUUUCUUUUUUGCAAGAGUUAAAGUGAUAUAUAAAUAAGAAAAGAAAAAUGUGUUGGUCUUUUUGGUUUUGCGUUUUAAGUUUUUUGAGUGUUCUGUAUUUGUAUUCUAUAUAUCUGGUUUUCAUUUUGAGUGGUUUCUUAUGAUUUUAAUUUGGGUGUAUUAGUGUUUUUUUCUUUUUCAUUUUUUUUUAUCAUCAGAGAGAGAGAGAGGUUUUUGUUUUGUGUUAUGGAUUUGAUCUAGAUCAAUGGAUGGAUGAUCCAGUUGAAUGG